CAGUAGUACAUGGAAUUGUUGCAAGAUGUACAGUAUAGAACUUAAUUUUCUUAAAAAUAUUAUUACAGUGAAGUAAACUGUGAAGUUGUUAUUUAAAAUAAUUCAGCCAAUGCUCAGGUAGCUUUUGCAACAGGUUAUAGUCUUUCAUCUACACUUUCAUCUAAGUCAUAGGUGGGGAACAUAUGGUUCACCACAUGUGUGAUUCUAAAACCUGUCAGGCACAGGCUGUAACAAUAGCCAGAGGAAAUCAGAACUGUACUUAAAUGUAUCUGGAUAAGUGUACGUAUUUUUUUUUUCCUGAUAUAAAUGAAUCAGCUUCUUCAGUCCUGUCUGUAAAUUGACUCAGGAAUAAGCAUUCCAGACUAAAGUGCUUACAAGUAAUUUAUAGAUGUGAUUUGCACAUUUGUCAAAAAUAGAAACAGAAGAAGGUAUAACAGGAUUAAGGAAUCUGUGAUGCUCCAGAUAUUAUGGAAUUAUAACCACCAGCAACUUUGGUCUGCAUAGCUAAUAGUGAGAGAUAAUUAUAACAAUAAUUCAGCAAUAUCUGAAGAUUGAAAAUCCCUGUCCCAGCAUUAUAGGGAGAGUUUCUUCUCUUCCAUAAUGCAAUGUGCCUAGGUCAUUUUUCUUAGAGACAUGGAUAUCUGUUCCACCUUGCUCCAUAAUAAAAAUGAAGAUACUGUCAUACCAGAUUCAUAAUGUAUUCUACAAGGUCUGGCUUUGAAGACCACCAAGAAGCUGCAAUUAAUGCUAGGCUGCUGUGGUCCUUGCAGUGGUUGUCCAUAGAUCUCCAGUUGCAAUUCAGAGUGCUUGUUUUCACCCAUAAAGUCCAAAGUAUGAUUUGGCUUCUAGCUCCUUUUAAGAUUGCCUUCUUUGUGUGAAACUGGUGUAUGCAUUUCAACAAGAUCUGUCAGUGGUCUUCCAUUACCAAGAGGUUAGAAGAGCAGGGGCUCACAGAUAAUGUAGUUCUACAUUAGGGAACAUCUCACUGAGAUCAGAUCAGUACCCAUACUAAGGACCUUCCAGAAAAUAGUAAAAAUUGAGCUCUUUUAGAAAGCAUUUGAGGAAUGAUGAACAUUAGCCACCUGUACUAUUGUAAUGUAUUAUUAUUGUAUUGUUAUCUUUUAAUAUUUAUUAUACUGACUCGAAGGCAUAAAUCAAUCAGUCAAUAAGCCAUUAACCAAGAAUUGGUAAUAGAAUAUAGCUUCUAAUACUUCCUGCUUUUUCUCAAGGUUGGAAAGUAAUGGCUAAAGUAGGUCACAUCUGAAGUGUCUGCUAUAAGGCAACAUCUCUUCAUCUGGUCUCCAAAGGUCAUUCCCACAUACCGUCACACUUGCACAGCUACUGUUACACAAAUUUGGAUGAAGAUGCAUCUGAUUUAAAGAGGUGCUGACAGGAGUCUCCAAAUAAUGAUUAUGCAUACAGGAAGUGGAGUAUAGCAUUGCACCUACGGAAAUACUGGUAUUUCAGAAUCAUGGCAACUAUUGAGGAAUUGGCCCAUCAAAUUAUGGAACAACAAAUGGGGGAGAUAACACACUCCCAAGGAUCUGUUACACAAACAUUAAUGGAUGGAACAGCACAAAGAAUCCAGAUUGUUCCUGCUGAUGCAGGACUUUCCUUACCACAGCGGAUACAGAUUGUUACAGAUCAGCAGACAGGACAGAAGAUUCAGAUUGUGACAGCACUCGAUCAGACUGCAACAAGCAAGCAGUUCAUUUUAACAAAUCAUGAUGGUUCUGCCCCAAGUAAAGUGAUCCUUGCGAGACAAGAUGCUACACCAGGAAAGGUUUUUCUGACAACUCCUGAUGCUGCAGGAGUUAACCAACUGUUUUUUACAUCCCCAGAUAUAUCUGCACAGCACAUUCAGAUUUUGACGGACAAUUCUUCAACAGAGCAAACCUUAAAUAAAGUAUUUGAUCUCUGUGUUGUUUGUGGAGACAAGGCAUCGGGACGCCAUUAUGGAGCAGUGACCUGUGAAGGUUGCAAAGGAUUCUUUAAAAGAAGUAUACGGAAGAAUUUAGUGUAUUCAUGUCGGGGAGCAAGAGACUGUGUAAUUAACAAGCAUCAUAGAAACAGAUGUCAGUACUGUAGGUUGCAGAGAUGUAUUGCAUUCGGAAUGAAACAGGACUCUGUUCAGUGUGAAAGGAAACCUGUUGAAGCAUCACGAGAAAAGUCUUCAAACUGUGCAGCAUCUACAGAAAAGAUUUAUAUUCGAAAAGAUUUGCGGAGCCCACUUACAGCAACUCCCACUUUUGUAUCAGACAGCGAAACAGCAAGAUCGACAGGAAUGUUGGAGUCUGGAAUGUUUGUUAAUAUUCAUCAGUCUGGAUUAAAGAAUGAACCUGCAGUACUGAUGACUGCAGAUAAGGUUGAAACGUGUCAAGGAGAUUUAAGUACUUUAGCAAAUGUUGUAACUUCAUUAGCAAAUCUAAGUAAAUCCAAAGAUAUAUCUCAAAAUAGUGCUGAGCUGUCAAUGAUAGAAAACCUAAGCAAUGGAGAUACAUCAUUGUCUGAACUUCAGCAAGAUGAACAUGCAAGUGCUGAUGUUACAAGGGCAUUUGAUACUCUUGCAAAAGCAUUAAACCCAGGAGAGAGUGCACCGUGUCCAAGUUCUGCAGAAAGCAUGGAAGCAAGUGCACGUCUAGUUGGAGAAGAAGCAAGCAUGAAUAUUGUUGAAAUAGAGGGUCCACUACUUACUGAUGCUCAUGUAGCUUUCCGGCUCACCAUGCCUUCACCUAUGCCUGAAUAUUUGAAUGUUCAUUAUAUUUGUGAAUCAGCCUCUAGAUUGCUUUUCUUAUCUAUGCACUGGGCCCGUUCUAUUCCUUCCUUUCAAGCUUUAGGGCAAGAUAAUAGCAUAUCAUUAGUAAAGGCCUGCUGGAAUGAACUUUUUACCCUUGGUCUUGCACAGUGUUCACAAGUAAUGAAUGUAGCAACUAUAUUAACUGCAUUUGUUAAUCACCUUCACAAUAGUUUACAACCAGAUAAGUUGUCAGCAGAUAGAGGAAAGCUAGUGAUGGAGCAUAUCUUCAAACUGCAGGAGUUCUGUAACAGUAUGGUGAAGCUUUGUCUUGAUGGUUAUGAAUAUGCUUAUUUGAAAGCAAUAGUCCUCUUCAGUCCUGAUCACCCAGGCUUAGAAAAUGUGGUACAGAUUGAAAAAUUUCAAGAAAAGGCAUAUAUGGAAUUCCAGGAUUAUGUAAUGAAAGUAUAUCCAGAUGAUACUUACAGGCUCUCUAGGCUACUUCUCAGAUUGCCGGCCUUAAGACUGAUGAGUGCAGCUAUCACAGAAGAACUGUUUUUUGCAGGACUAAUUGGAAAUGUUCAGAUUGACAGUAUCAUACCAUAUAUUCUACGAAUGGAGACUGCAGACUACAACUCUCAAAUAAUUGGUCAUACUAUAUAAAAAAACAUUAAACCACAGGUUCUAUACCAUGGUGAUCAUGGUAACUGUAAAUGUACUUAUCUCCAAGAGAUAAAAAAAAGUUUUCCUGUGAAGGCAUAGCACGAAAAAUAAAGGAAGGUGCUUUAGCAAUGCAUUUGGAAAACACAAUGGAAUAUCUUCAGUGGUACAGGAUGACUUACCUUUUAUCUGAUUUUCAAGAACUUUGUACAUUUCUGAUAACUAAUGAAAAUCAAGAAGUGUAGUUCAUCCUAUUUUUGUAGCUUAGCUAUACAUGGAACUUGUGAACUCCAAGCAAAUAUACAAAAGCUAACCUUUGAAAAAGAGAAGUUUCAUAAAAGCAUUUCAACUUGAUACUAGGACAAAUAAACUUUUUUCCCCCAAAUGUUCUGGAUUCAGUAUCUUGUUUCUACAAGUUUUCUCUUGUCAGUUUCAUUUCUGCCUUCAUUUCUGAUGGGAUUCAGAGUUCUGGAUAACUUUCAGUAGCGUUUUUUCACAAGUUAAAUUUUUAUUCAGUAACAGGUGAUUUUGGAGUUACUUAAACAAAUAGGGCAUUAUCUCCUGAUAGUGUCCCAAAUCAAUGAUUACAUCUUGUGCAGUACUUAGAUUAAUUUGAAGUACAAAUAAUUGUUACGUUCAGAGUUAUAUCAGUUGCUAAUAAGAUUUCUUAGUAAAAACAAUCCUAGAUAUUUUAAUCACAUCAAGAACUGUUAUUUCCUAAAGCCUGUUAUUUAUAAACACAGAAUAAUUUGCCAUUGCCAAUUAUGCUUGCUUUAAUAAUGUUUAUCAACAUGUAUCUAGAUAAAUUUGGAGAAAUUUAUUGAAUUUUGUAUGCAAGUCUGUGAAACCACACAUUCAACCACAUUCAAUGUUAUGUGAGCAACAAUGCUUGCAUAGUGUAAUUUCCCUCUCUCCUUUUCUACAUCCUUGUGUAUCCCAGGUUUGCUCCCUUUCCUUAAACCUGGAGCAGAUUUGGGGAGAACACAGAGAAAAUGAAAGAUAGAGGAAGAAUUUUUCCACAGAUUGAUGCUGUUCCACCAUCAGAAUUAGCCUACUGGAUACAACCUAAAAAUUACGAGUGUUAUUGGAAAUGAAUUUCUUUUCUCAAUUCUGUGUCUUUCAAGAUUUAACUUUCAGGUUUUCAUAAAAUAAUUCAGAUAAGACUAGAGAAAAUUUAUGAAAAGGUGAUAAGUGAAUAAACAAGUAAACCAUGAUGAAAUAUUUGUAAUACAUACUGAAUGGUAUGUUGUUCCUAAAUAGCAGUGAUUGCACUAGAAUCCUAAUUAUUUCAUAUUUUAUGUUUCCAUGUUUGUUUGCUGCUUUGUAUUUUCAGCUUUUGAAAACCUUUUCCAGAUGCACUUUUCAGAUUUAUUAAAGGUCUGGUUUUUCCUUAGUUAUUGUUUAGUAAAGUUAGUUGAGCAUUAAUACAAUAUAUUACUGUAUCAGGGGUUGCUGAUAUAGUGAUGUUCUGUCAAUUCACCCUUAUUUCAGAUAUUGUUAAUCAGCAAUUAAAACCACCUUUGUCAAAUUAUGGGCUUUACUAAUUAAUAAAAAGGGGGUUAUGUAAUGUGAUAGGUAAGAUUAUUUACUUCCAAGUUUUAAAAAUUAUUUAAAUAGAAAGGGAUAUCUUUUAUAUAUUUCACAAUGAAACACCUAAUAAUGAACUGAACAAUUAGGGUUUUUUUUUACACACACAAAAUAUAUGCACACACUUGAGCACAUGCAGAUAUUAAUCAUAUCUACAGUUGUAGCUUUUUGAUGAUGUAUUUUUGGGAACAUCUUGCAUAUAUAACUUGUCCUGUUUUAAAACAUAAUUAAAAAUCAUUUGAAUUGCACACCUCCCUAAAUGGUGUCAGUAUGUGUGUUCUGCAGUCAAUAGAAAUUGUUUCUGUAUUCCAUUCCAAUUUUUCAUUCAUUUUAGUGAUUCACUUCUAGUGUACACAUCAGAAUGUCCCAAUUACUACCUUGUUGUAUAAUAUACUAUUGUAAAUGUCUUGAAACCUGAAGAAGUGUAAAUUCUAUUUUGGCUGUAUUUUUAAAAAAUAAAU